GAAUUUUCCCUGUUUUUCAAUUGUUUUUACAAAGAUUUUUCAUCAGAAACGAAGCUUUGCCUUUAUUUAAAUUAAUUUAAAUUUAAGAGAUGACAAAUCAUCAACUCAAAAUUUGAGAUUUUUGUGAUAUUUUUAAAAGAAAAUGGACAAAAAAUCAAGCUGGGACGUCGAACGAGCAAAGUUAAAGCUCAAAGAAUAUUUUGGAUACGACGACUUUAAAAGUGACGUUCAACAAAAGGCGAUUUUAGCAACUUUGAAUGGUACGGAAUUUGUUUAUUUACAUUUUACUUUUGUCUUGAUCUACUUUUUCCUUUUUUUAGGUGCCAAAAAUGUCUACAUCAGUAUGCCAACUGGCUCUGGCAAGUCACUGUGUUACCAAUUACCCGGAUUGUGUCUCGAAAACAAAGUCACGAUAGUUUUUUCGCCUUUAUUAGCCUUGAUUAAAGAUCAAUUGGACCACUUGACGCGACUCAAAGUGAAAUGUGCCUCAAUCAACUCCAAAAUGGGCAUCAAGGAACGUGACACGGUCAUCAACGAUCUCAAAAGUGUCAAACCGAGUAUCCGAUUUUUGUAUAUCACGCCAGAACAAGCAGCCACUGCGACUUUCAAGGAACUCAUGCGAAUGUUGGAGAAGCAUAACAAGUUGGGAUUUGUUGCUGUCGACGAGGCACAUUGCGUUAGUCAGUGGGGACACGAUUUCCGCCCGGAUUACCUAAAACUGGGGCAGUUACGAAAGGAAUUUGCCACCACGUCAUGGAUUGCCUUGACAGCAACUGCAAGUCCUGAAGUUGUAAAGGACAUUAUGAAAAACUUGGCAUUGAAAGAUGCGAAAAUUUUUCGAACGUCGUGCUUUCGGAAAAAUUUGUACUACGACAUUUGUUACAAAAUACUCAUUCACGAUGAUUUUAUCCAUUUGAAGCGUUACGCGGAGGAAUGUUUGAAGAGUCAGGAUGAAAGCGAGCUGCGACCCAAUAAAAGGUCAUGCGGAAUUAUUUAUUGCAGGACACGUGAGUCGACUGAACGAGUUGCAAAGUGCUUGACAAAGUUGGGAUUAAAGACAAUGGCGUAUCAUGCUGGCUUAAAAACGGCGGAAAGAACUCAGGUACAAGAAGAUUGGGUGGAAGGCCGGUGUUCCGUCAUUAGUGCUACUGUGAGUUUUGGAAUGGGAGUUGAUAAGAGUUCGGUGCGUUUCGUAGUGCAUUGGGAUAUGCCUCAGAAUGUCGCCGGAUACUAUCAGGAGAGUGGGCGCGCGGGACGAGAUGGCGUAAAAUCAUUUUGUCGAAUCUAUUAUUCAAGAGAAGACUGUGACUCGAUAGACUUCCUCAUCAAACAGGAGAUAAACAAAGCAAAAACGGAGGCAAAGAAAGAAAAAGCCCGAAAUUCGUACAAAAACUUUCGUCUAAUGACCCAAUUCUGCGAAAGUCUGAAAUGUCGUCAUCGUUUGUUCUCCGAUUACUUUGGUGAUGAACCACCUGAUUGUAAUGAUCGCUGUGAUGUUUGUAAAAAUAAGGAAUCUGCUUCCAAAAUUCUCGAGCAAUUUCUUCAACUGGGUUGCAACAGCAAAUUAAAGGGUUUCAUCGACUUCGAUGCCGAACCAAUUAACAACGAUAUGUAUGGUGGUGGGCGACGUGGAAUGCAAUCCGAAUACGAAGCAUAUCAAAAUGGCGAGGAUGGCGACGAGGACCGUGCCGGCAAUCAAGAAGCUCGUCGAAAAAAAGAAGAUAAAGAUUUCAUAGCGAAACAAUUUGCUCUGAGAAAACUUCAAGCAGCAAAAGACAUGGAAAUGGAACCUUCGGCUGCAAUUUCAAAAGUAAAAUAUGCUCAAAGUACCACGACGAAAGUAGCGGGAUUGACAAACGCGACACGAGAAAGUUACCUCACACUUUUAUCAGAUGCUCUAAAGUCAAAUGUGGAGGCGUGCAAAGGCCUGGAAUCGCCGGAUCAUGAUUUGGUGUACAAAGACUUUGAAGAUGUCGCGAUCGAGUUGGAGUACGAGCCUUUUACGAACAAUACUGUGAUAACGAUGUACCGACGAGGCAUCGUGAAACACUUGAAUGACAUUAAAAAACUGACAAAGGAGAAAAAAUUGUAUCCGCAACUCAAAACGCAUGUCCCGAAGAAGAGAAAUACGAAAGGUGGCGAAUUCAAAGCGAUUGUCGCUGAAAUGCGAGAAAAAUAUGGAGAUGAAUUCGUUGCUGGAUUCGAAAAGGAACAAAAACCGAAAGUAUCGAAGGAGAGAAAUAAAACUGGAAACUUCAGCAAAGAGACUUCUAGCCAAACAUCGAUAGCAAAAUUCUUUAAAAAAGUCGAAAAAUCCGAAACUUCCUCGCAGGAGUCGGAAACGAAAGAAGUGAAAGUCGAUGAUGAUGUAACGAUGCUGGAACCGGUGACAGAAACGAUCGAUCUUGCAACCUCGCCAACUGAAAACAAAAAUAAAUCUGAAAAGAAGGAAGUUACCAAGACAGAAGUGAAAUUAGAGACAAAAUCGCCAAAAACAGCAACAAAACCGGCAAAAAGUCCAGCAAAACUGAAGAGAAAGCAAUCAGACUUGUUUGGAGAUAGUUCUGAUGAUGAAAUUUCGAGUGAAACGAAACCUGCCAAAGUUGCCAAACAGGAAAUUAGUGAUAAACCGUCGUCUUCUGUGAUGUUCAAGCCUCCGAGAAUCGCACAUGACCGCGUACCAAAGCCAGUUUCACCAAAAUUACUGUCUCCCAAGGCGAAUUCUUCGGUAAUUUCAAAAACCUCAGAACCAACAACUCCUAAAAUCACUAAAAAUGAUGCAAAGCCUUUGAAACCUGUUACUCCUUCAACAAACAAAAAGGUUGAAAUGCCUCAGGAUAAGCAAAAUUCUAAAAAAUCGAAAGAAAGUGUGUCGAAUUUAGUUAUAAAACAUCUAAUGCCGCACUACAAAUCACGUGUUAUCACUACAAAGGAUCUUUUUAAGGCAUUCGCGAGAAAUGUCUCUCACAAAUUUUAUGGCAAAGAAUAUGAUGACAGCAUCAUAAAAGAAUUCGUUGACCAACAUAUCUUAAAAAAGAAGAAAAUUGAAAAAAUCGACGAUUUACCGUAAUUAUUAUUUUCUGUUAUUUGUAAA